CUUCACCUCUAUCAACAAAAACAUAUAACGGUUUUUCUCAAUUCCACAUUGCAAAUAAGAAUGGUUUUCUCCUCGUCUUUUGAUUAAACUGAAACUAGAAGCAGAUAAAUAUGAGAAACAAUUCAACGUCCUUGUAGCGACGGCCUUUCAAACGUGCACUUUUGGAAUUUCUUACAAUCAAUGACCUUCCCUAUGUCAUGAUUUUCGCCAUUGGUCAAAUACACAGACGUCCUUCGUUCCUUUACCUCUAUUUUUGUUUACAUCGUAAUUCCGCCGUUGUCCAGACCAGUGUUCACUCUAAAUACAACUCUAGAAUAGGACCUGUAAACGACAAAAUAUCCAGUCAAUGUCUAUAACAGAGCACGAAAAGAAGAUUCACGGACUUGUUGACGUAGGUAACCUGGCACAAUGGUCGGCUUCUACGGAGAAAACAGGAUUUCCCAUAUCAAAUGUCCGUGACGAUGAUAUAAAUACGUAUUGGCAAUCAGAUGGUUCACAACCUCAUGUGUUAUACGCAAAAUUUAUCAAGCGUGUAGAAAUAAAGUACCUAAGUAUCUACUUAAUGUACAGCCUGGACGAGUCGUACACUCCUAGCAAAAUUCGCAUCGCUGCAGGAACCGGUCUGCAUGACCUCCAGCCCGUUGUUACAACCGAAUUAGAAGAACAAGAAGGUUGGCUUCAUAUCCCCGUUGGUGACUACGGUCGUAAUGGCCUUUUGGAAACCUAUAUGUUGCAAUUGAGCAUCCUUUCCAAUCAUCAAAAUGGCAAAGACAGUCAUAUCCGCCUCAUAAAAAUAUAUGCCCCAGAAGCACCCCAAGCACUCGCUGUCGACGAAAUCCCAUACACCAGCAUCCAGUUUCAUAGUCGAAGUCAAUUGCGGUAGAACUUGAGGCGAAAUACAAUAUUAAAUAACAUGAAAUUGAACAUUGUGCGAAUGAAAGCCAUCACAAGUCAACCACCUCCUCUGAUGCCCUAUGUCUCACCCAUCACAAAAAUCAUGUACUCUAUAUGAAAAUGAUAUUUGAACAUCGAACACCAGUACUACUAAUACAAAUGG